AUGGUACAUGGCCAUGUGAUAUUUAUUUUUUAAUCGCUGAAUUAUAUCGUCGUAAAAAACGUUUAAUGUUCACCAUUGUUGAACGUAUUCUUUAUUCGUUUCCAGGUUGGUCAAUUUUAUUACGUGCAAUGCGUCUAGUACCAGGAUCAGUUAAUGAUUGUGUACAAAUGCUAAACAAUGGAUCAAUGGUUGCCCUUUCACCUGGUGGUCUUCGUGAAGCCAUGUUUAGUGAUCAUCAUCAUUAUGAGACAAAAUUUUCUGGCCGAUUAGGUUUUGCACGUAUUGCCAAAGAAACACAAGUACCAAUCAUACCAAUAUUUACACGUAAUAUUCGUGAAGCAUUUAGACAAGUACCGAUAAUGAAAAAUUUUGUCAAAUUUAUUUACAAUCGUUAUCGUAUACCAUUAUUUCUUACCUAUGGUGGUAUGCCAGUAAAAUUGACCACCAUAAUUGGUGAACCAAUUCGAUUCGAAUCGGAUGCAACCAUCGAACAAAUUGCUGAAAUGACUGAAAUGAAAAUGAAAGAGCUGAUUGAACAAAAUCAAACAAUACCUGGUUCAAUAUGGUCAGCCAUACGACAACGAUUUCAAUUGAUGGAAAAUGAAAAAAUUGACUGAAAGAAUGAAAAAACGAUAAACAAAUGCAACUUCACCAUCA